GUGAUUAUCUUAAUUAUUGAAACACAGUGCAAAAAUGAUACUGCAGCUCUAAAACGCAUAGUGCACAAUAAAUUUAUUACAAGGAGGAUCAUUGUUAAGAGAGAAGAUAGAUGUCAGAACGGUGAAUACAGUUCAGGUGAUGACUGUUGCAAGAAAUGUAAUCGUGGUUUUGUUAAAAAUAUCAGCUGCCCAACAGAUAUUAACAAACACUGUGUUCCAUGUAAGAAUGGAAAGGAAUACAUACAUCAUGAAAAUGAUUUGGAGGAAUGUAUGAGAUGCUCUUCAUGUGACAGCAUAUUAGGUUUGGAGGUUGCAAAGAACUGUACCCCAGAGCAGAACACAGAAUGCACCUGUGCAAAGAACUAUUUUUGCAAUUCUUCUGUACCAUGUGGGCACUGUAAUCCAUGCACCAUAUGUGAAAGUGGCGUAAUUGAAAAACAAUGUACUUCAACUUCAGACACUGUGUGCGGCAUGGAAGAAACAGGAUUGCAGUGGUGGGCCACUACUUUGAUCAUUAUGGUUCUACUAUUACUAAUAGCGGGAGCAAUAUUCUGUUACAAGAGAAAAUGGAAAAAUUGUACAAGGAAGGAGACCCUAAAUGAUGUAGUCCUCAAACCAGUUGUUUCUUAUGAGAAUGUACCUCUCAUACACAGAGAUAUUGACCUGAGCAGCCAUGUUGCUGAAAUUGUGGAGGAGAUGACACUCCAACAAGUCAAGACAUUUGUUCGUAAUCACAAAGUACCAGAACCUAUCAUAGAUCAAACUAUUCGGGAUUAUUGGAAUGAUACAUCUGAACAGAAGAUUAAGCUGUUUCAAGUCUGGUACCAGAGACAUGGGAUGAAAGGAGCCUAUGUAAACCUAAUAAGAAGCCUAAGAGAGUUUAAAAUGUGCGCUGCAGCUGAUAAAAUUGAGGAAAAACUGAAGGCAGCUGUUUCCAGCUGUCAGGAAGGGGGACAGUCUCAUGGUGAUGAUACUGAGCAAAGCAAAACCUGCACUGAGGACAGCAGAAAAAUUCUACUAUCAGUAGAUAGUGCUGAGCCAAGCAAAACCUAUUCUACUAGUUUUGAAGAGACAUAG